GACAAAGGCCUACCGUCCCACUUUCUGCGCCUCGGCACUUACAAUAUUUUUGUUUGGGGUCGGGAUUAGUCACUGUGGAAUUGACUCAACUCGCCCGCACCAACUAUGAAAACCGCAUAAUCCGCAAUUAACCAGAAACGAACUGCAAGUGCACAGCUGCGGAUAGAACGCAGCAGCAUCCAGUGAAAAUAACAAAACACAAAGAGUAUCCAUUCCCCAUUGGGCGAGUGAGUAGAGUGAACUUCCAAUUUGACUGCAUUUGCUAAUUUGCCGUAUGCCAGUGCACGCUGUGAUGGCCAAGCGCCUGCUGCCCCACCAACCGUCGUUCGAGGGGGAUGCCCCCGGCCCAGAUGAACUGGACAGUCCAGCCAUUGAGGCGGCGGCCCUCGACAUUCCACCGCCGGAGGCUGAUAAGGCGCUGCAAAAAGGAGUCUGGGAGCGACCCUCAAGCUCUGAAACCUUCAAACCCCUCACCGAUGGCAGCACCGUCCUCCGCUUCGAUAUUCUGCUGGCUCACAUCAUGCCUCCCGAUGGCGAGGAUGUCAAGAUCAAGCGUUUUGUGGUGUAUGAGCUGACUGUGAGCCAGGAUGGUGCCACUGCGGAUACUCAGCCGGCAAAGAUCGAGCGUCGGUACACGGACUUUCGGGAGCUUUAUAUGGGUCUGAAGCGUCAAUAUCCCGCGGAGCUGGCCAACAAGUAUUUCCCAGCCAAGGUACUGAUGGGGAACUUUAAGUCGGAGCUCAUUGGCGAACGCAGUGCCGCCUUCGAGGCCUUUCUCACCUAUGUGGCCAGUCAGACGAAGCUCCGGGAUUCGGAGGAGUUCCUACGUUUCCUGCAGCACGAUGAGCUGUCCAGGGCAUGCCAGUUCCUGGACGAGCGACGCAAUGAGAAUGCCAUACCAAUUCUGGAGAAUUGCUUUCGAUUGCUAAACAAGAUCUAUAUGAAUCGUUCGCGACCGGUACUUUUGAUACUCUGCCGACUGGUGGCAGCCUGCACUUCAUCUCCGGUGCCCCAUCAUGCUGCCGAGAGAUGGGCUCUAGUGGCACUAAGUCGCUUCGAGACUCUGUGCGAUAUUGAUCUGCUGCCGCUCUAUAUUCCUCUGCUUCAUACCUGCGCACAUCUAUGGUGGCAGCGUGGCCAGGACCAAAAGCCCAUCACCGAUCGGCUGACUGAUAUGUCCAAGCAGGGCAUUAACAUUGCAAACACGGAGAGUCUUAUGCAGGCUAUUCACAAGAUCGAUCCAAGGACCGAAACCAUUUAAAUGGGAAUCUCCACCAGAAAAUAUUAACCAUUAGUUUAUCUUUUUGUUUCUGUAGUUUGUAGCCGCUAAGCGUAAAGUGCAAUUAUAGAACAUGUGCAAUUAAUAUUAAGGGUAACAGGAAUAUUUAACCACAUAUAUGUUAUCCAAAGUAGUUCAUUUUUGUUUACUAGCACCCAAAAUAUUUAUAAAAUUCAGAAAGGAAUAAAAAAACAGUUCCAAAAAUUAAAAGAAACACAGCCAAAACAUAUAUCAGCUUUGUAGCAAAAACGAAACAAAGAUAUUUAUACUCAAUAUUUCAAAAUUCCGACUGUGAUGUACAAAUUACCAAUAGAAAAUAGUAGUGAUUAUUGUUUGCAAUUAAAUGUGUAGUCCCUGAUAAUUGUCAUUUUAAACUCACUUACAAAAUUGGUUUGUUUUCCAUAUUUAAUAAUCAGAGCUAGUAAAUAAUAAUUGACCGUUUUAUAUUUGUAAAGCAAUAGCUUAGUUAAUGUCUUUUGAUGUUCAGUAUUCCUAUAAUUUCCUAUUUCCGAAAAAAACAAACUACUUUGGUAACUUAAAGGUUUAUCUUCACAUGUUUGGUUUACAAUACGUAUUGUUUUUUGGUAUUAUAUAUUAUUCAUUUGAUUAGUACCCAGAGGGGAGUUGUGGCAAAAAUAUAGCCCCCCUAGAAAUUGAAUCACAAAUGUAUUACCACAAAAUAUCAUGACGCACUGUCUGAAUAUAUACAAGAACACAAUUCCAUAUCAGCCUGAAAAAACAACUCCCCCUGUUAUUUAUUAUUACAGCCAAAUGCCUUGUGAUUGUUUCUCUCAAUGAAUAAAUAUUAUACUCAACAUGUUUUUGCAGAAUAUACACACAGA